AGCAUUCUUGCUACUGAUUGGGAUGUCUCCAAGCACGUUCCAUGUCUCAUGCACAAACGCAUUAGCUCCUACGUGUUGCCUUAAUUGUUUCCAAAAAAUUUGAUUGGGGUUCCGAGUUAUAUUUCACAGCAAAUAUAUGUGACAGCUGCUAUCGCUGGUUUUUGGCUCUGAUGGACAGAGAAGAAUAACAGACUAUCUGCCGGGAAAACUAAGAGUGCAUCUCACAGCUACAGACAAUGAACAAUACCACAGCUGUCAAUGGGACAUCGCUAUCGCCUGACGACAUAACCUCUUUCUCUGUAAUGGCCUGGGGAGUCGCCUUUGGGACCUUGGCAGUCAUGGCCAUAUUUGGGAAUUCAACCGUCAUUCUAGCCUUUAUUCGAAACUUAUCGUUACAUACACGCACAAACUUCAUUAUUGUUGGACUGGCAACCGCUGAUUUGCUAGUGGGCUUGAUCGCAGUCCCACUGUAUAUGAGUAUGAUGCUGCUGUACCAGAGACAUCUUUACAUCCCUUUGGUGUUAAGCGUUAUUUACCAUGCAAUGGAUGUGUUUGGAGGUUUUGCGUCUAUAUUUCACUUGAUGUUAAUAAGUCUGGAACGUUUUUAUGCUAUAGCGUACCCCGUGAGUCACAGAAAUUCAUCCAAAGUUGUUUAUGUGGGGGUUUUGAUGAUCUGUUGGGUAACUGCUGGUACACUGUCCUUCGUUCACUCUUUCAGAUACAGUAGCUACAAUAUAAAAAGAGCUUUCUUUAUUCUGUUCUGCGUUUCCUUUUUCGUAGCAUUUUUUGCAAUAUGUUUGAUGUAUCUUGGAAUAUGGCGAAAAGCAAAGGAAAGAAAGUUGGUCAGAAAAGGAUCAAGGAAGACAGUUCAGAGACAGGAUCACGAAGUCAGGAUUGCCAUAUCUCUCCUCAUCGUAAUCAUAGUUUUUGCUGUCACGUGGCUGCCAUUUUUUUGUAUAAACACUGUUUAUUUUUUUCAGUCAGAUCGAAAACGUAAGAAAAUAUCGUUUGAAGUCAUCCAAUUUACAAAGCUAUUGCACUAUUGUAAUUCCGCCAUGAAUCCAAUUAUUUAUUCAUUUAAAAUUCCCGGAUUUAAAAAUACCUUUAUUAGUCUAAUUAGGAGAGAUCUGUUGAGAUCUCCGAGAACUUCUUUCGGCUUUUCACGAAGGGACUCCUCAAAACAACCAAUGACACAGCUUCAAAAACAAGAAAAUUGACAGUUGCUAACUGUAUCGCUGUAAUCAUCAGGGGUACAGUCGCCCAUGGAACCAUGAAACAACCUCCAAGAUUUAAGACCCCAUAAACUGUAGUUAUGUGAAGAAAAAGACAAAGAUUGAAACUCUACAUAACUUAGAGACUAUCUUAAGUGCGUCAGAUUACUGGCUAAACUAUCUAGAUAAAAUGAGUACCCUUUGAAAAUAUUUUCUACCCACUUUUAAUUUUUAGCCUGUUCUAAUUUGUUCCUUUCCUCAUUACUUUCGAUUCGCUUGCAAAUUUUACUUGCAAGUCGAGAAGAUGACUUACGAGCGAAAAAGACAAACAAUAGUAGAAAAACAAACUUAACGUCAAGCCCAGGUUCUGUCCUUGACAAGGCUGGCAAGCGAACAUCAGGACACGAGAUUUAAGUUACCCGCAGUUGGUCCAUCAGACCGGGAUGGCGAAAAGCAUACACGAUAAUUUUAGGUUCUCACCCCGUCGAGCGUAAGAUUGAGAAUAAACUGGGAAUGAACUGGGAUCUUGGACCCUUUGAGGUCCAGUUUGAAAUGGAGAAAACAAUGACGAGAUCAUCACUCUCCACAAACUGCCGAGAGGACAAACCCAUCACAAUAUUUUACAAAAUAGUAAAAAGAAAUGCCAAUAAAGGUUUCUAUGUUAUGGAGAGUACAGCUAGGGAGCAUGGAGAGGUCAAGAUGGCUGGAUAGCGGCAAAUUAAGUUCUUUUCUUAGUUUUCGUGGACGAAUUAAACAAUUGUUCCAUCGCAAAGGCUGCAAUUUAAUUUGCUACACUGAUAGCCCUAUAUUUCGUGCUAGGAUCCUGGUGAGUAGCCAAAGAUUGUGGUUGGAACAAAAUACAAUGAAAACUAAAGCUGGUGUUGUUGCUAAUACUUGAACGAAGACUAGAUUUAUGCUAAAACAAUUAGAUUAUUCGCCCUUCAUGUCUGCGCGUGAUGCCGGGUUGAUUCGGGCUUCGCCCUCAUUGACAAUUCCACAAUAAAAAUCCCUUAAAACAUUUUUGGGUGAUUUUCAUUGUUCUCUAUUCCUCGGUGAUCAAUGCACUUCUGUAUCAGUCUCAAGGCUGCCUCCAUUUACACAUACAAGUGAAGUGGUGAAUUAGGAUUGCAUGACGCUUUUUUUGACAACUCAAUAUAACAUUUUCAGAACUAUAGACAUCAUCUCCUUUUUUUUACAAUAACUAUUAGCAAUAAAAUUAACUAUUAAAU